AUGAGCGCACGUACGAGCAACACCCAACAACGAGUGGAGCACGAGGUGAGGGAGAAGCGCGCCGGGGAACAGCCAGUGGCAAGAUGGAGACGGGACUCCGAUUCCGUCCUCCAGCUUCUGGCGUCCCCCCUGGUGUCGCGAUCCCCGUCACCGGUCAGCAAGGUUGACGAGGAGUCCACCGGAGAGAUCUCGGACGUGGAGUUGCCGUCCGAGGAGGAGGACGCAGGCGCAAACGCGACGGAGAUCGCAGAGGUCGUCGCCAUCUCCUCCGAUGAGAGUGGACCGGAGGACGCGAGCGAAGAGGAGGAAGAGGGGACGGAGACCGUCAGUCCCGAGGUGUCCUCGGACGAGGACGACGCGGCGCGACGAGCUGCGAGGGACCGAAUGGUCUUCCGACGGCUGAGCCGGGCGACGGCAGGGCUCGGGAGGAUCUGCCUAGGGCAGAUACCACCGUCGGGCAAGCCCAAGGAGUGGGCUCGCAUCUUGGAGGCGCGGGCGGUCACUGUCCGCCAAUGGGAGGCUCGGAGGGCGGCGAGGACGCAGCCGCCGUCGGCAACGCAGCCGCCGCUACCGUUACCACGUGCGCCGACGCCACCACCACCGCCACCACCACGCUCACCAUCACCACCACCAUCGUCGCCGCCGAGGCAACAGGAGUGGCACCUGCCACAGGCGGAGGUCGCGCAAACGCUGCGGACCAUCGUGGUGGAGGGGCGGCGGUAUCAUCAGCAGACGGUCACGUGGAUGUGGCCCGCGCCUGAGGAGGCAGCAGAGGAGGCCCGGAUGCGGGAGGCCAUCGAGUGGCGGCGCCCACCGCCGUUGAACCCGCGCGAGCCGAGGGCCAAGUCGGCGAAACGCGUCGCGGAGACGGCCGAUCGCGAGGGACUGUUGACGCCCGAGGAGGAGCGCGAGGCCCAGGAGGGGAUGGAGAAGGGGCCAUGGGAGUGGCCAUCACCGCCGGAGACGUCGCGGGACGCGGCGCCACCCCCGAACCUGCGCGGCAGACCUCGUGUCCGGAGCCGCGAGCCCCACCGGCGAGGCCGACGCUGCGGAGACAGCAGUCGGAGGGCGCGGAGCCGUGGUCGGAGGUUCCGGAGGCGGAGUGGCCAGCGCGGGUGGCCGAAGAAGCGCGCCGGCAGCGAGGGAGGCGCAGGAAGGCCAGGGGGGCCAAGCUCAUGCUGGACGGAGAACAGCGCUACCGAGUGA